AUGCCAAACGUUUCUGAUCUGUUCAUUUCAACCAACGACGACAAUAUCUCAGCUCGAUUCAUCAACCUGGCUGACCUUAAUUCAAUAGAUCCAACCCGUAUUCUACCCCAUAAUAGCUACGCAAUAACGACGUGCAUUUUCGAUUACAGUUGCACCAAUUCGCUGCAAGUUCUCCAAGCAUUUUCCUCCCUUAGAUACUUUAACACAACCUACAGCUGGUUGUUUUUGGCCGCCAACAACUCCACAACGGAUGUAAACCACAUUCUGGGGAAGCUAAUGUCGGUUCAAAUGAAUUCGGACAUCACCGUAGCGGAUCCCGUUCCCGAAUCAAACGGGACAAGUUUUGAGCUGGUGGACAUUUACGCCAAGGGUAGACAUCUGUGCCGAGACGUUUACCGGAAUGUGUACGGAAGAUGGAGCUACGAGGAUGGUUUGGAGAUGGUUGCCGACUAUCGACGAUAUUACGUGCGUGGAAAUUUCAAUGGGCUGCAAGUGCGAGGAACGACAGUGAUCGAUCAGGACAACGUGACUUCGCAGGACGUUGAUAGGAUUCUGUCGGUGCCAGGAACCGAGCAAGGCAUUGUGAGUUUUGUAAAGUAUCACUACGCUCUGCUGGUCAUGCUGCGAGAUUAUCAUAAUUUCGGAGUUAAAUAUCGCGUGACACGAGGUUGGGCUGGUCGUCUCAAGUCCGGUUAUAGACUGGGUCUACUUGGAAUUCUAGCUCGAAAUGAAGCAGAUAUUGCUGCAACGGCUAUAUUUCAGCGGAUCAACCGACAUGCAGAGUUUGACAUCAUUCAUCAGAGUUGGGAAUUUUCAGCCGGAUUCAUCUACCGCAUUACACCACAGCUUAGUGGAGCAACUGGAGGGGGAAAUUUCUUCACCCCGUUAGAAGACAGUGUUUGGAUUGCCUCGUUGGUUACCUUAUCUGUAAUUCUUCUCAUUUUGAAAUUUUCCGUGUUCAUAAUCUUCAAAUCAACUUCGAACGAGCCAAACACCUCUCUGAUAUCAUACUUUGUGGACAUUGUCGGAACGGUUUCCCAGCAGGGAAUUGCGGGCCGGGUGUCCGCUAGGAUGCCCAUAAGGAUUAUUCUUUUCUCACUCCUCACCCUGAACUUGGUCCUCUUCAAUUACUACACCUCGUCCGUGGUCGGUGGUCUGCUGAGCUCUCCAGGUAAAGGUCCGCAAACAAUCCGCGAGAUCAUAGACAGCCCCCUGAAGUUGGCGUUCCGUGACAUCGGUUACCACAAAAUACUGUUCCGCGAAACGCAGGUCCCAAUAAUCCGCGAGCUGUACGAGAAAAAGGUGCAACCGUCGCGUGAGGGCAAACACACCAUCCCGGUGUACACGGACGUGAUCACGGCCGUCCCAUACCUGCAGAGGGGUGGCUACGCGUUCCACUGCGAGAUGACCGAAGCGUUCCAGGACAUUGCGGAUCAGUUUGACGCCAACGAGAUCUGCGAGCUGCGGACGACAACUGGCCUGUUCAACGACCUUAGACUGAUGAGCUUUGUGGUGCCGAAACGGAGCAUGUACACGGAAAUGUUCAGGAUUACGAUGAUGCGACUGCAGGAGAUUGGGCUGAUUAAACGAACACUGACAAUUCAUAGAAUCGAGAAGCCAAUUUGUCAAUCCGGUGGACGGGUUCUUCCGGUGGAGGUGUCCGGAGUAUCGACAGCAUUUGCGGUUUUGGGAGUUGGAAUGCUACUUUCAACGAUGAUAAUGUUGUUGGAGAAACUGCAUUGGAACUACAUGAUGAAGAGGCAGUAUCGAAACUUCUUAAAUUAAUUUCAAUUUAAAGAUAUUUCGCAAAGAUUUAUUUCUCGACCGAUAAGCAUACUUGCUCUAAAGUUGCAAACAAAAUGGGGUAAAAAUCCCUUUAGUCGUAUUGAUACCUUAUAUAGCUGACCUAGGUUUAUAGGCCAGUUAACUCGUAGUUUAAGCUUGUUAACUUGUGACAGUUUAUGACAUACCAUAAUCAUCUUUCCCAUUAUCAGCAUGUCUGACCGUGUCUGCAAAAAAUAA